AGGUACCUGCCAUCGACGAGUGGGAAAGCAGAUGAUUCUCUUUCUGAUUAGCAGCAGGUCAAUGGUAGCCUAAUGUUAUGUCACAACACCUAACAGCAUUCACAUCACUUUAUCUAAUUGAGUGGCAUUUUGUCAGCUCACAUCAUCCUAAGAAGGGUACAAGGAAAUGCUAGAACUGGUGAUCUCACCCAGCCUCACUGGAAACAGAGAUUGUCCGGGUAAACCGAAGCUUAACCGUGCCGAUGCCGAUGUCUGGACUCUGAGUGACAUAGAAGGCAUCACCACAUCGGCCUCUCCGAGUGUGUCUCAGCUCUUCGCAAGACCUUGCCCACACGUCCUGCCCAGCCAGCCUGCCACGGCCAUGGCAGCCUACGGCCAGACACAGUACAGUGCGGGGAUCCAGCAAGCUGCCCCCUACACCACCUACCCACCUCCAGCGCAAGCCUAUGGAAUCCCUUCUUACAGCAUCAAGACAGAAGACAGCUUGAACCAUUCCCCCAGCCAGAGUGGAUUCCUCAGCUACGGCUCCAGCUUCAGCACCCCACCCGCUGGACAGAGCCCGUACACCUACCAGAUGCACGGCACGGCGGGGAUCUACCAAGGAGCAAAUGGCCUGACCAACGCAGCCGGAUUUGGAAGUGUGCACCAGGACUAUCCUUCCUACCCUGGCUUCCCUCAGAGCCAGUAUUCCCAGUAUUACAGCUCAUCCUACAGCCCUCCUUACGUCUCGGCCAGCAGCAUCUGCCCUUCUCCCCUCUCCACAUCCACCUAUGUCCUCCAGGAGGCAUCUCACAGCAUCCCCAACCAGAGUUCUGAGUUGCUUGGCGGGGAAUAUAACACGCACAAUGGGCCCUCCACGCCAGCGAAAGAGGGAGACGCGGACAGGCCGCACCGGGCCUCCGACGGGAAGCUCCGAGGCCGCUCCAAGCGGAGCAGUGACCCAUCCCCAGCAGGGGACAGUGAGAUCGAGCGUGUGUUCGUGUGGGAUUUGGAUGAGACAAUAAUUAUUUUUCACUCCUUACUCACCGGGACUUUUGCAUCCAGAUACGGGAAGGACACCACAACGUCGGUGCGCAUCGGCCUGAUGAUGGAAGAAAUGAUCUUCAACCUUGCAGAUACGCAUCUGUUCUUCAACGACCUGGAGGAUUGUGACCAGAUCCACGUUGACGAUGUCUCCUCCGAUGACAAUGGGCAGGACCUAAGCACGUACAACUUCUCCACUGACGGCUUCCACAGCUCGGCCCCGGGAGCCAACCUGUGCCUGGGCUCCGGCGUCCACGGCGGCGUGGACUGGAUGAGGAAGCUGGCCUUCCGCUACCGGCGGGUGAAGGAGAUGUACAACACCUACAAGAACAACGUCGGUGGCUUGAUAGGAGCUCCCAAAAGAGAGACUUGGCUACAGCUCAGAGCUGAACUGGAAGCUCUGACCGACCUCUGGCUGACCCACUCUCUCAAGGCGCUUAACCUCAUCAAUUCCCGGCCCAACUGUGUCAACGUGCUGGUCACUACCACUCAACUAAUCCCUGCGUUAGCCAAAGUCCUGCUGUAUGGACUGGGCUCCGUGUUUCCUAUUGAGAACAUCUACAGUGCAACGAAGACAGGGAAGGAGAGCUGUUUCGAGAGGAUAAUGCAGCGAUUUGGCAGAAAAGCCGUCUACGUCGUGAUCGGUGACGGCGUGGAAGAAGAGCAGGGAGCAAAGAAGCACAACAUGCCUUUCUGGCGGAUAUCCUGCCACGCCGACCUGGAGGCGCUGAGGCACGCGCUGGAGCUCGAGUAUUUAUAGCAGAAGCCACGGCCUCGCCACCUGCCGUCACGGGCGCAUCCCGCCCCCUCCCAGGCCCUCGCCUUCCCCGCCUCCCCGCCAGAUGCUGGACGCCGGGCAGGGUCCCUGCGGCCGAGAGGACGUGCCUGGUGACCAUCUCAGCGGCUGUCCCUUUAGGCCAAGCGCGGGUCCGGAGACGCAGAGUACCCCACCGUGGCUUUUGGGAAUAUUUAACUUUGGAGAAAAGGGCUGGCUCGGAGUCCAGCCUUUUCCACGAGACUCAACAGAACAAAAGCGAGGAAUUGCCGAUUUGGGGGAGGGCUGGUGAUGAGGAGGGGACAGGCUUGGGUUUGUCUGUUUUUUUUUUUUCUUUUUAAUUUAUGGACUAAUGUCAUUACUCCGGUAUUAUGCUCUCGUACCUGCGUUGGUUUUCUUAGUCGUUGGUUUGGUUUGGUUUUCUAACCUGGCAUGUGGGGUGGUGCAGUUCUCACUUAAGCACUCUCUGCUCCAAGUUGUGCUUUGGGGGGACAAUCAUUCUUUGAACAAUUGGUGAGGGAGGCGAUUCGGGGCUGAUGGGAAGACUCUUGCUUCUUUUUGUUUUUAAGGACCUAACCUGACGUCAUGUGGACAGUGCACGUGCCUUAUGCUGCCAUCUUGUUUUCUAGGAAGAGGGACCCUGGGGAAGCGGCGGUACUUUGUGACAGAUAAAAGGCAUUAAAUAAAACCACGUUUACAUUUUGAAGUGGGGUAGGGUGUCACUACUUUAUGACCACUCUUCAGGCUUCCAUUAGAGGUACUAAUAGACUUUCAGCCAUCCACAGAGGAGGUUUGGGUGAAACAGACCUGCCCCACAGUCCUGAAAUUAGCUACCCAGGUGGUCAACUACUUUUCUCUUGUGAGGAUUAAAUGUCCAAUGCUGGUUCCGAGGGAAGCUAGUAGUCCACAGUCUGUAAGUGUUUUAGCCUGAAUUCUAGAGGACUCAGAGCUCCCAGUGGUCAAGGAUAGUGUCUUCCUCAUUCUGUAUACUCAGUACCCGUAAUAGUCUGACACAGAUAUGGCACUUAAUGAAGGCUGAAGGAUGGAUGGAUGGACGGACAGACGGAUGGUCAGACAGAUGGACGACAGAUGGGUUAUGGACGGGUGGUGGGUGGAUGGAGGGAUGAAGGAAUGGAUGAUGGAUGGGUGGGUGGUGAAUAGCUAAGAUUCACUGGCCCCAGGCUGCUUAAUCUUCACUGUUUCCCCAGCAGUAUCUUGCAGCUCUUGAGAACAAUCUUAGAAGUAGAGUAACUGGAGUAUUCGGCCCUCACAAACAAAAGCCCUUGACCUCCCAGAAGUCUGAGCAUGACUUGAGAACUUCCUAACCAGCCCAGCCAAAGGACAGAGACUCAACAAGUCCUCAGGUCAACCUCUGGGGCUGAAGGUGUCUGCCUGUCCAAGGGCUUUAGAAAUCAGAGAGCCACCACUGGGAUUUCUUUCCAUUGCAAAGGACAGAAACACAACAAAGUGGCUUAAACAAAACAAAAACACAGAAUUCUAUGGCUUACUUGACUGAAAAGUUUAGGGAUGUGUGACCUCAGACACCCCCAUCCCAAAUGCAGAAUUCAAGAUACAGCUUUAAAUUUUUUAAUUCAGUCUCUUUCUCUCCAUCUUUGGACUCUUCAGUUUGGUUUCAUUUAUAGGCAAGAGUCCACAUACUUAGAGUAGAAGGUUUCUAUUGAUAAAGCAUUAAUUCUUAAAAGGACAACUGUUUUGGAAAAAAAGGUUAAAUUUAUUAUGUGAGUUAACAAAUGUCCUCAUGGUUCAAAUAUUUUAAGUUGGUUCUUCCUUAGUUAUUUGCAACCAAAAGCAUCCCAACUUACAUAGCACAUAACGAAUAGUGUUAGUAGUGGUGGUAGUAUAUGUCACAGGCUCAGAUUUCUACUCAGGAAAUCGAACAUUCAUAUUACCAACAACUGGAGCUGGGUAUUUUUCAUCAGAUAUUAAUCAAGUACCUAAAAUGCACUGGCAGGGGCGCCUGGGUGGCUCUCAGUUAGGUGUCUGCCUUCGGCUCAGGUCAUGAUCCGGGGUUCUGGGAUCCAGUCCCACAUC